AUGGAACAAUCCAACGGCGAGGGGCAGCACGACCUCAGGCAUAAGAGAAAGGCUGAUUCACAAGACAAUGAGCGGCUGUCUAAGCGGCUAAGUCUUCUAAACAUUGAGCACGAUGGCACCAAGCUAUACGUUCCAGUAGAGAAGCCUCGACAACUUAAAACGCCGAGCUCGAAGUUGAGAGAGAUCGCCGAAGACGAUGACUCAAUGCACCUAGACGAUACCAAGCACAAGGUGUACAUUUACAACAUUGACGAUGAAUUGUCAUCCGAGGACGAGGACGACAGCAAGCUCAUCUUCAUCCCCGACAUUGAGAAGCGCCUGAAAGAAACACGCAUACCUCCAUCCAUCUUGGCCAACAAAGAUGGAGAGCUCGCAGGCAUGCAGGUUGUGCUUUAUAGUGACCCCAAGUCUCUGACUGUCCCUGAGGAAAAGGACGGUGUACGCAAGGCCAUCCUUGACGCAAGACGACGACUACGUGCCAAGCAAGGCGGCGCAGAUGACAACGGCGCCGCAGAAAAAGUCCCUGAGACUAGCAGCGAAUCUAGAAACAUCGGUGACUCCAUGGAGAUGGACUAA